AUGCAAAGUCAAUAUGAAGAGAUACCUGAUAUUGUAAAGAACUUCAUUGUAUACUUUCAUAGAAACAUUUUAGAAAAUAAUGUUCAUGAAUUGCAUAGUAUAUAUGAAAAUACUUUUAAUCAAUUGACAGAAGAAUUUUAUCCUGAAACUUUUUGGCCUGAUGCAGAGUUAAUUGCACCUUUAGUGAAUGAUGAUCAAUUAUUUUUAACAUUGUAUCGUGAAUUAUAUUAUCGCCAUAUUUAUUCAAAACUUACACCAACUAUUGAGCACAGAUUUCAUUCUUAUGAAAAUUAUUGUGAUCUUUUCAAUUAUAUAUUAAAUUCUGAUGGACCAGUUAAUUUGGAAUUACCAAACCAAUGGUUGUGGGAUAUUAUUGAUGAGUUCAUCUAUCAAUUCCAAACAUUCUGUAAUUAUCGUAAUCGUCUUAAAAAUAAGACUGAGGAAGAAAUUGCUUUGUUAAGGGAUAAUGUCCAGGCUUGGAGUUGUUAUAGUGUUUUAAAUGUAUUAUAUUCUUUAAUUACAAAAUCAAAAAUUACAGAACAACUACUUGUAAGCAAAAAUGGUGGUGAUAUGAUUGAAGUUGCAGGGGAAUAUGGAUCACGUACAUUAUACAAGAUGUUGGGUUAUUUCAGUAUUAUUGGGCUUUUGAGAGUUCAUUGCUUAUUAGGUGAUUAUACAUUAGCAUUGAAAAUGAUGGAUAAUAUUGAACUCAAUAAAAAAGCACUUUUUGCACGUGUUACUGCUUGUCAUGUGACAGUUUUCUAUUAUGUUGGAUUUUCUUACAUGAUGAUGAGAAGAUAUGCAGAUGCCAUAAGGGUAUUUUCGCAUAUUCUUUUAUUUAUUACAAGAACAAAAAUGUACCAUACUAGAUAUUAUCAAUUUGAUCAGAUCAACAAAAAAAGUGAUCAAAUGUAUGCUUUAUUGGCUAUAUGUGUCACACUAUGUCCAACAAGAUUAGAUGAAAAUAUCCAACCUUAUUUAAAAGAAAAAUAUGGAGAACAUUUGUCAAAAAUGCAACGUGGUGAAGAAGGUAUUCAAACAUUUGAAGAUUUAUUUUUAUAUGCUUGUCCAAAGUUUAUUUCACCAAAUGGUCCAAAUUUUGAUGAUCCAAAUGUAUUGAAUCAACUUAUUGAACCUCAUCGUCAUCAUGCAAAAAUUUUUAUCAAUGAUGCUCGGCACCAUAUAUUAAUUCCAACAUUAAGAUCUUAUUUGAAAUUAUAUACAACUAUGAGUAUUGAUAAGCUGGCAACCUUUUUAGAAACAGAUCCUGAAAAAUUAAGAUCACAAUUGCUUGUUGUUAAACAAAAAUCACGUCAACAAAAAUGGACUAGUGGAACAUUACUUGAAGGAGAAUAUGCUACCACUUCUGAUCUUGACUUUUGUUUAAAACAGGAUAUGAUUCAUAUUGCUGAAUCAAAAAUUGGUAGACGAUUUGGAGAUUUUUUCCUGCGUCAUACAAAUAAAUUUCAGGAUAUUCUUGCUGGAAUGGGAAAUCGAUAA